ACUGGCGUAAGUAGCGUCAUCUAUCGAUAAAUUGAGAUUCCGUUCGGAAACGUCUCUGCGCCUCUUUUGGAAUUAAGCGUUACCCUCUGACAACUAAAGAGCUGUUUAGCAAUUGGCUAGUAAUUUUCGAUUCGUUUCCAUAAAACUGAAAGCAUGAUCCAGAAGGAGGAUAAAGAAAUACUAUUAAGCACUUUGAGCGAUAAUAUAGCCAAUAUAAUCCGCGGUCAUCUUGCGAAAGAAUAUCAUUUUAACUUUGAUAUUGAUGCUAUGAUUGGCGUUACUUUACCAAACGAAAAUGUUCUGUUACUUAAAAUUGAGAAGCAUGUGGAUAUAUCAGAAGUUGAAGAUAUUGAGGAAAUAGAAGAUAGUAGCAUAGAAGAUGUUGAUUUGAAACUAGAAGUGAUGGAUGAGGAAGACAAUGGAUACUUAUUUGAGAUGGUUACCCCAAAUUCAAACAAACCAAAAAAAACAGUUUUUUCUGCACUAUUACAAUCAAACAUGGAUAUGACAUCGGUUGCACAGCCUUUACCAGGGGCAACUUGUUCGAGGAGUGAUGACGUAAAAGAGGCAGUCAAAAAGAAAAUUUUACAAAAUAAAGGAACUUUUAAGUCACCUUUAAAAAAGAAGGAAAUUUCUCAAUCUCAGGUUCAACAGAAUAAGACACAUCAAAAGUACACAUGUGAAACGUGCGGUAAAAGUUGGCCUUCAAAAGCUCAUUUAACAAUGCACGUACGAAUUCAUACUGGGGAAAAACCUUUCGAAUGUAAGAUCUGUUCGUCGAAAUUUGCAACAAGAGGAAAUUUAGAAGGCCAUAUACUAAGAAAACAUCCCGAAGCAAAACUCUAUCAAUGCACCUUAUGUGGAUGUCGCUUUAGUACAAGAAAACAAUUAAAAGAGCACGAUCGACAGUGUAGACGGAAAAUAAAUAGUUAAAGAAUAUGGAAAAAAAAAUACAAGUUUUAGAUAUUUUAAAAAAAUUAUUAAGAAGUAAGAGAAUGAAGGACUACAAUUAGUUUAAAGAAUGAAAGCAUAUGUUACAUAGACGUAAUUGAAUACUCCUCAAAUUCAAAUGUUGUUUGAUAAGGCACAUAUAUUUUGUUAUUAUGGAAUCUAUUCUUUAUGUUUAUUAAGCAACAAAAGAAAAGACUGAUAAUCUUUUAUCCUACGUGAUUUAACUCUCGUUUAAGUUGUUGUCAAACUUCCUCAAACGUUCAACGGCUGAUUGCCUCAUAGUUGUGGCUGAUGUCAAAUUGUAUCCACCGGAAACUGAUGUAAAACUGUCACUCCUGAAACCUUUUUUUCUAAAUUUCAUUUUAAUUAUUCUUAAACAAUAGAAAAGAAUACAGCCAAUGAAAAUAAUUACUGAUGCAACAAAAGCAAUUAUAAAAUAAACCGUUGUCGUUUCAACACCUUCUCUUGGCAUUUGCUUUUCAAUCUUUAAGUUGUGCAAUUCGGCUGACAAACUAGGAAUAACUUUUCUUACCGAUUUAAUACCUUGUACGCACUCUACAUCGAGAUUAACAUAGUUACGAUCAAUUGUACCAAAAGUCUUGAGGCCAUCAAACCGAAGCUUAUCAUCCGUAAGAAAUCGAUGGUUUACCUUAAGAAUCGGUGAUUUGAGACAAGUUGUCGGUUCAGCUGGAAUUUCCCCUAUGCAUAACACAGUAAAAUCCUGUUCAAAGUAUACAAUUUUCAUAUUUUUAGGUGUAUAUUCCUU